CCAUAUUUCAUGAAUGAGCUAACCCUGACAGAACUGGACAUGGGCUCAGCCACUCCCAGAAUUCUCCGGGCGUCCAAACCCUCCAUUGACUACCGAGGUCUGUGGUUUGACCUGGAGCUCUCCUACAGCGGCUCCUUCCUGAUGACCCUGGAAACCAAGAUGAACCUCAUCCGCCUGGGCAAGGAGGGAGAGAGUGUCCGCUUAGGAGAAUUUGGCAAAGAUGGGCCGAGGACUUACUGCUUAGCUGAUAGUGAUGAAGAGUCCUCCAGCGCUGGAUCCUCAGAUGAGGAAGACAUGUCAGAGCUCUCAAAUGACUCUGCAGGAGCAGAGGGAUUUGUUGGAGGUCACAAACCCAGUAAAAUCAUGCGGUUCGUGGACAAGAUCACAAAGUCCAAAUACUUCCAGAAGGCCACAGAAACAGAGUUCAUCAAGAAGAAAAUGGAGGAAGUGUCUAACACACCUCUUCUUCUCACUGUGGAGCUGCAGGAACUCCAGGGAACACUAGCUGUCAACAUCCCUCCUCCACCCACUGACAGGAUUUGGUAUGUUGUUUUUUUUCUUCUUCAUUAACUUAGCACAAAGUGAAUUUAAAUGU